GGACGGCUCAAUUAAGGAACUUCUAAUACUUAGGAAAACAUUUUCCUGGAUACCUGCCUGUUUUCAAUAGCUCUUCCCCUCCCUGAGGCAGAUCUGCGUUGCAUCUUAGGUAGUCGCAGCAACAAUGGGCGUGGACACCAUGAUGGCGUCCACGUCCGGUCCUGUGUCGAUGGGUACCUCCAUCAUUGCGGUUACCUUCGACGGAGGAGUCAUCCUUGGAGCGGAUUCGCGGACCUCUACUGGGAACUAUGUGGCGAACCGUGUAUCCGACAAGAUCACCUCACUUUGUGACAAUGUGUACACACUACGGUCAGGAUCUGCGGCAGAUACGCAGGCUAUAGCAAGCUACGUGCAGCAUUUCAUUGCGCAGCACCAAGCUGAGGAGGGCGACCAGAUCAGCGUCAAGACCGCCGCCAGCCUGGUCAAGAUGAUGGCCUACAACAACAAGGAUGCGCUGCAGGCGGGGCUCAUUGUGGCGGGGUACGACAAGCACGCGGGGGGGCAGGUGUACUCCAUCUCGCUGGGCGGCACCAUGACCCCCGCCCCCUUCGCCAUGAGCGGCUCCGGUUCCACAUACAUCUACGGCUUCUGCGACAAGCACUGGCGCGACGGCAUGACGCAGCAGCAGGCGCACGACUUUGUGUGUCGCGCGCUGCGCUACGCCAUGACCUGGGACGCCAGCAGCGGCGGCUGCAUCCGUACCGUCACCAUCUCCGCGAGUGGUGUGAAGCGGGAGUUCCUGCCGGGCAGUGAGAUCCCGCCCACGUAUGGGGAGCUGGGGCGAGAUCGGGUGGUGGCGUGAGGGGCAGGGGGCGGGAGGUUGUGCAUACCUCGUGUGGGGAGAGGUUGGGGUAGAAGUGUGGAGGUUUUGAUGGGGAUGGGGAGAUUGGAGCAAGGGGGAGUUGUAGGUGUGUAUUAUAUAAAUUGGUGGACGCGCGCAUGCUUGCUACCGUUGCAAGGAUGUGGGGAGCUAGGUUGUGUUGGAGGAGAAGGCAGCGGUUGACUUCUUGGCUGGCAGGGAAUAGCAGGAAGGAAGCACCCCUUGUUGACCAAUUGUCGGGGGCUCUAAUGCAGCCGUGUGCUGUGCUACCGGUUGUUCGAGGCUCGCGUAGGCACAUGGACUACAUACAUGCGUGUGCCGGGAGCGGUGGGCAGAGAUUAGGGUUACCAUGAGGGUUUUAGACACGCCGUUGAACCGUCAAACCAGGCGGGUGUUGUCGAGACACCAAGCUCUUAUUGC